AUGAGUAUGAGAAAUUAUUCCACAGUGACUGAGUUUCUUCUUGCAGGAUUAACUGACCAAUCAGAGCUUCAGCUGCCCCUUUUCUGCUUGUUCUUGGGGAUCUAUUUGGUUACUGUGGUGGGAAAUCUUGGCAUGAUCUCAAUAAUUGGGUUGAAUUCUCAACUUCACACACCUAUGUACUAUUUUCUCAGUAGUUUGUCUUUUUUAGAUGUCUGCUAUUCUUCUGUCAUUACUCCCAAAAUGCUGGCAGGAUUUUUAUCCAGAGAUAAAGCUAUCUCCUACUCUGGAUGCAUGGCUCAGUUGUUUUUUUUCUGCAUUUUUGUCAUUUCAGAAUGUUAUAUGUUGGCAGCAAUGGCCUAUGAUCGUUAUGCUGCCAUCUGUAGCCCACUGCUCUAUAACGUCAUCAUGUCCCCUCGGGUCUGCUCUCUGCUGGUGGCUGCUGUCUUCUCAAUAGGUUUUACAGAUGCUGUGAUACAUACAGGUUGUAUAUUAAGGUUGUCUUUCUGUGGCUCAAACAUCAUUAACCACUAUUUCUGUGACAUUGUCCCUCUUAUUAAAAUCUCCUGCUCCAACACUUACAUUGAUGAGCUUUUGAUCUUUGUCAUUGGUGGAUUUAACAUGGUGGCUACCAGCCUGACAAUUAUCAUCUCAUAUGCUUUCAUUGUCUCCAGCAUUCUCCAAAUCCACUCUGAAGAGGGUCGGUCCAAAGCGUUUAGUACCUGCAGUUCCCACCUGACAGCUGUUCUUAUAUUUUAUGGGUCCCUUAUGUCUAUGUAUCUCAAACCUGCUUCCAGCACUUCAGUCACUCAGGAAAAAGCAUCUUCAGUGUUUUAUACCACUGUUAUUCCCAUGUUGAAUCCUCUGAUCUAUAGUUUGAGGAACAAGGAAGUGAAAAAUGCAAUGUUAAAGCUCAUAAGAAGAAAAAUAUCAUCAUAA